GAGGGCGGGAUUUCCGACAGCGCAGGUUGGACAUAAAGUGACAGACUUCACCCCCUUGAAAUUGGAAGAAAAUCCGAAGGACGACGCGUUACAAGUUUAAAAACAACUGUAAUGAUUUUCAGACAUGGACGACAUAAACCUUCAUUAUCGCUUUCUGAACUGGAGGAGACGAAUCCGAGAAAUUCGUGAGGUGCGAGCAGUGCGAUACAGGGAGCGGCUCAAAAGGAUGCUGAGAGACGGAGACGUGCUCAGGUAUCAUGGGAAUUCAGAUGAAGUUGGCUGUUUUGUGGCAGCCAGGCCGUUGUCAAGGAGAAAUCGCUAUUUCGAAGUGACCAUCAUCGAUACAGGAGUGAGGGGGAUGAUCGCUGUUGGUUUGGUGCCUCAGCUUUACAAACUGGACCAUCAGCCGGGCUGGCUCCCACAGUCUGUGGCUUUUCAUGCUGACGAUGGCAAGUUGUAUAAUGGCAACACAGUGGGACAGCAGUUUGGUCCAAAAUGCUGCAGAGGUGACAGAAUUGGCUGUGGAAUAUCCCUGGACUCAGAUGAUGGACAACUCACAGUGUUUUUUACCAAGAAUGGUAAAGAAGUCGGCAGUGUGGAAGUCCCAGCAUCUCCUGAAGCUCUAUACCCCGCUGUGGGAAUGCACUCUUUGGGCGAGGAAGUUCUGCUGGACCUGAACGCUGAGUGGGGCAUGGAGGAGGAUGAUGGACAGAUGAUUGUGGACAGUCAUGAAGAGGACUGGGGCCGUCUCCAUGACAUUAAGGUGACCGGCAUGCUGCUGGAGUAUGUGGGGAAAGGGAAGAGCAUCGUGGACGUGGGCUUAGCUCAGGCCCGUCGGCCUCUCAACACACGCUUCCACUACUAUGAGCUGGAGAUCACAGAUGCUGGAGAGAAGUGUUACAUCGCCCUGGGGCUGGCACGCAGGGAUUAUCCUAAAAACAGACAUCCAGGUUGGAGCAGAGGGUCCAUAGCUUAUCAUGCAGAUGAUGGGAAGUUGUUCCAGGGCAGCGGGGUUGGGGACGCGUUUGGACCGCGUUGCUUUGAAGGGGACAUAAUGGGCUGUGGAAUCAUGUUUCCACGUGACUUCAACCCUGAUGCCGGAGACGACAUAUAUGACUGGGACCUCGACAUGUUUCCCAAGCCCAGCGAGGUUCAGAAUGACUUGUAUGCAAACAAUGACGAUGAGGAGGAGGAUGAGGGAGAAGAUUUAGAGGGGAGGAAGGUCAUGGUGUUCUUCACCCGAAAUGGAAAGGUGGUGGGCCGGAGAGAAGUGGCCUUACCGGUAGGCGGCUUCUACCCCACUAUUGGUAUGAUGAGUAGUGGGGAGAAGGUCAGAGUGGACCUGCACCCCCUCAGUGGCUGAGGAGAGUGGAAGAAAUGAAAACUGAGUGGUGAAAUCAGAGCAAGGGCGAAUGAUUGAGCUCUGGUACAUUUUGGAGAAUGGACAAUAAAUAGUACCUCCACUUCCACAGGCUCCAAGAUGUUACUUGAAAAGUCACUCCAGAGUGGGAGGUCACUGUCUCUCCCUAGUGCUGUAAGAAUGAUUUCACAUGCUGGCAGAAAAUUUUUACCAAGAAUUAUCAAAAUAAUGUAUGUCAAUAUUACAUGUGUGCCUAAAAAAAUGCUUUAUAAUGAAAUGGUUUUAUACAGUAAGAAAUUGUUAAACCAGUCCAAGGUUUUAGAGGGCAAAACACUAUUUUUAUCGCACGCUGUAAAGCCAAUAAAAUGCCAAAAAAGGGUUUCGCCAGAGUAAUGAAUGUAAAAAUCCAAGUAGAUCAGGCCCCAGCUUAACAAAUGGACCCAAUUUGUUCCUCAUAGGAGGAACAUUAUCAGCAAUAAUAUUCGUCAGCAGAUAUGUAGCGCCACUCUCACAGCCUGCAGCCAAACUGUGCUGAUCACAAGGGGUCUGCUGUACUUCUUCCUAUUGAUGGUGUAUUACUGACACUCAGUGGUGAGAGCGAUAAGUCUUCCAAAGAAACAGUGUAGUGCACUGAAUGAACAGUGAGUUUACUCUGAGAGAAACUGGCUGCUUGUUCUGACGUGGAGCCAUUCCAUAGUUUUUACUGCGCGUUUAGUAGCAAAUGUGCAAGCCACAUGCAUUGGGAAUUAUGGGAUAAUUAAGUGUAAUAAUUAUUUUUUAAUUAACUCCAAAUCACCAUUAUGACCUUUGAUCAGGAAUACUGGAGUAAGCAGCUUUAAAAAGCAAAAUUCCACCCCAAGGUUUGUUUUGACGAUCAUGAAGAGCUGUUGUCCAAGUACAUAUGAUUUUAGCAUAAUUGUAAUAGAUGACGUACUGUUAUUUAAAAAAUACAGGUAAUGUUUGUGAUAAACAAUUGCAUCUAAAAGAUGUUAAAGCAAAAAACAAACCGUGUCAGAGAAGGAACCUCAAACCCCAAAAUAGAUGCAGACAAACAAUUAUUGACGCUUCUUUUUUUUUGUUUUGCCUCUUGUAAUUUUCUCUGCAUGUUUUUCUUCCACCACAGAGAUGCUCGGUGUCCAGGGGUAACUAACGCUUUACAUGUUCUCUCUAGUAAGUAUCUUAUCAUUGGGCUUACACACAAACAAACAAGAAAUACCUCAUCUCCGGUUAAUGAAAGUGAUGCCAAACGUAGUAUUGGUUUGGAGAAAUCAGACCUUAGAUCUUUUUGAGAUAUUGAAGCAUAUUGACAAAUUGAACAUUUCUGUAAAACAUGCUUUGGAAGUUAGUGUGGUGUGAAAUGUAUUUCCUGUGGAUCAUUAAGGUGUUUGGGAUGAAAAGGAUACCAAUUGUCUCAAAAAAGGAAAAUUGCAAAGAACAAUUUUCUUGAAUAUCAGACGUUGUCAGGACAAGAAAAAGUACACGUGGUAUAGUAGUAAAUUUCUGAGUAGUUACACAUUUGAAUAUUUUAUCAAAGGUCUGAAAAUGAAGCCAUAAUGAAGAUUUGCUGCUCUCAGGUAUUUGAAAAUCAAAAUCACCUUGUCUUUUUCUGAGAUCAUUUUUGAGAUUUUGCUGUAUGUUGAUUUCAGCCAUUGUUUUCCACAGACUGUUAUUUACCUGUGUAAUGCUUUUUAAAAAUGGUUUAUUUGUUCUAGUUUUUCUGAAGAGUCCAUCUUUUUAAAAUUGACGACAGAAGAUUUUGACACAUUGUGUCUGUGGUAAAGUUGUAGUUAAACGUUAAAAAAAAAAAAGCUUUCAUUUUUGACCUUCUGCAGAAUUUUAGAGAUAAAAGUGCUGCUUUGUCAUCAGUUCAUACUACAUUAAUGAGAGGUUUCUCUGCGAAUCACCGUGUGUUGCAAGUUGUGAGUUAGCUGCGGCUGCGAUUUGUAAAAGGUUUUAAUGUUUACCUGUUACACUGUUUAUUAAUUUCUUUUUGUUUAAUCUGCCUGUACACUUCACAUCAGUUAUACGGUAGAAUACAAAUUUGUCGAACUUCAGAUGUCAGACCUAAUGAGCAAAGUGCCUGUGUGACAAGAUCCAGUCUGGACCCUUUAUUAAAUAAUACACCUGGUUGUAGGAUCCAUGUAGGUGAUGGAAAUAUUCCACCUGGAUGAUUCUGACUCUGAAGUUUGACAAACCGCAUUCGCUCUGAAAACUUCCUAUAUCACCUCAUCCUAAAGGUGUGUCGUACACUGUGCAGGUCACUGAGGAGAUCUAAGAACACCUUGCUGGAUCCAUGUUGGACCCCAAUUCUUGCUGGAGUAUUCAUUUGAAUAAGAUUGGAUUGCAUCCUGUGUAGCAAAAAAGGUGUAUUAAUGUUUGCAUUUUCUACUUUAUUAUCAUCAUCAUCAUCAUCCAGGUUUGGUGAUCACAAUGUGUCAUCUUAGUUCACAGGAGCUGCUGCUGUUGGCUAUCUUGUGUCUUGCUUCUCAUAUUUAGUCCUUCUUUGAAUGAAUCAAGUUUAAAGCAAUCAGGGUAUCUUUCAGUCUCUCCCAGUCCAACCCUCGAACACACUGUCAUGUUUUGGGUUUUUUUGUUUUUUACUUUUCUCUCAUCCAUCCUGUCUCCUUCCACUUAAAGCAAUCAGAUAAACAAGCCAAAAACAAUUAAAAAAUGAUUAUUCUUUA